CAAAAAUCCAAAAUGGAGGACGAAGAUAAAAGCUUCCUUCAAGGCGUGCUUGACCAAGAAAGCAAGGAAAGUAAGAAUGUCUUGUUGUCAUACAUAAAUGUGCUCGGAGGUGCAGCCAGAAAAGUUACUAACAUGGCAGAUGUCGAUGUGUGGCCUGAUGUGCAUCGAGUAAAUCGCUUGGUUGAUGUAUGGACAGUUGUCGGUUAUAGUUUUGGAACAUUUACAGCUAUGGGUACACUUUACUUUUCGCUGAGAACCUUCAGGGAAAUGGGGCAAUGGAGGGCUUGGAUGAAUUUAAGACGAAACAGGAUUCUCAAGAAGUGAAGUGAGUUACGAGUGUACCUUAAACUUCCUGUCUCUUGGACAAGGAAUAUAAUCUUACAUCCGUGAACAAGGUUCUUUUUGACGAAACGAAGGCCAGAAAAGUGGCGCGUGUUCUUGAGGGUAAAAUUUCCGCACAGCCCCAUACUACAUUAUGCAUUCAGUUCUAGGAUAGAGAAAACAUUGACAAAAACAAUACAUUGCCAUUGGGAAAACAGAUUUGUUUUACAAUAGUAUGGGGCUGUGCGGAAAUUUUACCAACGUUUCGAAUUCUCAACUGUUAGAUAAAGUGCACAGCCAGCUGCCAUGAACUUCCUUUUAAAUACUGAGGAGAACUUAUAUUGUGAUUACACUGUUAAUGAUAAGACUGUCCCUUCUCACCAUCUAUCUUCUGGACAGGACUGUGAUAUUUAUGGGAGAAUUUACUUGUUAAUCAACUUUUCUCCAGGAGCUCCUUAUCAGGACAGAUUGUAACAGUUUGGAUUAUUAUAAGGAGUGUGUAGCAACGGAAAGGAGAGCUAGGGGCAAUGAACUGAUGUCAUCCUCAAACCCAAGUAGAAAAGAGUUCAGAUGAUUGUUUGUUAUUUUUGACAUUGUUGUACCUAGUAAUACUUUCUACUCUUAAUAGUGUUAAAUUUUCUCCAUAAAUCACCUAAGUAGCUGAUGGUUGUCAUGACUGAAGUGUUACAAUGAGCUUGUCAAUAGGUUGGUGAUGGAAGUAUGGAAGUAUGAUAAUGAUUUAGGGUUAUUGACCCUUUAUCUCCCAGAUCAAAUUUGUAAUUCUCAUUACUGUCAACCAUACAAUUCUUAUAAUGUUAGUUCAGAGAAUUUAAUAUUGGAUCAACUUAUUAUCACCAAAUUGAUAUUUUCUGUAUUCUCAUCACUUGUCUGCUUGAUAUUGUAUUGAUAUUGUAAGGAGAAAUUCUGUCUUGGUCACUCAUGGGAGUUAAAGGGUUAAU